CAGACACUCCUCGAUUAUUCAUGUCGUUUUUAAUUGAGGGUGAUGUUUAAAUAGAAACAGAGGGCAACCCAGCGCAAUCAUACUAGACACCCAUUCCCAAGCCGACCGGACGUUGCGGUGCCGACCGACCCCGACGGCGUUGAGCAAACGCCCUAGAGCCACUGGAGCUCGCUAAAUUCCACCGUCUAGCAGCCUCCGUUUCUCUAACCCCAGCUGACGUGGUGGACUCUCGACGCUCGCUCGCAACCUCCCAACGCCGACGCGCGCAACGCAACGCUCGAAUCCGGAACCGCUGCGGACGCUGAUGCUGCCGCCUGGCGCUUCGCUCUCUCACAAUGUCUUCCACGGCUGCGGCGGACCCGAUCCAGGCGUCGAAUUCAGGGUCGUCCAAGAAGAAGAACAAUAAGAAGAAGAAGAACGCAAACAAGAACAAGGACUCCGCUGCGGCUGGUAAUGGAGAUGCCAGGCAGGAGGCUGAAAACAUCGACGAUGAGCCCGAAUCGCCCACGCAGCCGGACUCACCCGUCGAAAGCGAGCACCCCGCCGCUGAGAGUAAUGGACAUGCAGUAGAACCGAAGAGCAACGGGCUCCCUGCCCCGACGACCGAUGGCGAAAAGACCGACGACUCAGACACAUCCGCGAAGCUUGAGGCCAUGGGCAAGGAGCGAGAGGCUCUGCGGGCCGAGGUCGAGCAGCUACGGAAGCAGCUUGAGAGCAUCCAAGAGUCCCACGGCAGCGAGGUCACGCAACUCCAGUCGGAUCUCGAGGAGAGCAACGCCGCCAAGGAGAAUGCAGAGGAGCAGUACCAGAACCUCCUCGGGCGAGUAGAGAAGAUCAAGGAGACCCUCAGCGACAGGCUACGGCGAGACAAGGCGGAGCUGGAGGAGGCCAAGGAGCGGGUGGAGGAGCUGGAGGCUCAGAACGAGGAGCUCCAGAAUGCGGCCAUGUCAUCCGGAGACGACGUCAGCAAACUCAAGGAGGACCUACAAGAUGCGACGCGGGAACUCAACACCCUCAGAAGCCGCAACAACCUGUCGGCACAGAACUGGGGUAAGGAGAAGGAUGAGCUCGCGCGGACGGUCCAGCACCUGAAGGAAGAGAUGGAGACGACGGCCAACGCCAUGGGCGAGUGGGAGGUCAUCGCGAUGGAGGAGCGCUCCAUCAAGGAGACGCUGAGCGACAAGGUCUUGGAGCUGGAGGAGCAAGUGUUCGCCCUGAGGCAGGGUUAUGAGAGCGCGACCGCCGAGCGGGACAGCCAGAACACGCUCAUCGACAACCUCCAGAACGCCCUGCGCGAGAUCCAGGACGCCCGCAAGAAAGAGCUGCGCGAGAUGGUCGAGACGACCGAGGAGCAGGUCCAGGGUCUGAAGAAGCUGGUGCAGGACGCCGACGCCCGCGCGGCCGAGGCCGAGGCGGCCAAAUCGUCUCUAACUACGGAGCUCGAGCGGACGGCGCCGUUUGAGAAGGAGGUCAAAGAGAAGAACCUCCUGAUCGGAAAGCUGAGGCAUGAGGCCAUCGUCUUGAACGACCACCUCACCAAAGCGCUCCGAUACCUCAAGAAGACGAAGCCCGAAGACAACGUAGACAGGCAAAUCGUCACCAAUCACCUCCUCCACUUCCUCACCCUCGACCGCGGCGACGUCAAGCGCUUCCAGGUCCUCCAGAUCAUGGCCGGCUACCUCAACUGGACCGACGAGCAACGCGAGCAAGCCGGGCUCGCGCGACCAGGCACCUCAACCAACAGCCUCCGUCUGCCCAUGUCGCCCUUCCACCGCACACCAAGCUCGCCGUCCCUCAACACCGACGUCUUCUCCGAGCCCACCUCGGCCAAGGACAGGGAGUCCCUCGCGGACCUGUGGGCCAACUUCCUCGAGCGCAGCGCACAGGAGGGCGCCGGAGAGGCGGCGUCGAGAAAGGGGAGCACUGCUAGCGUAAUCACCGGCCCUCCGAGGCCGGAUUCUAGGCAUUAAUGUUGAAUGAGCGUUGGUUUCGGUUCUAAAGACUAUGUAAAGUCGCAGUCGCAGCGGGUAUAGGAAUGUCCGAGCUUGGUUUCAAAGGUGGAAGCACUAGCGACGGUUGAUGGACGUUCUGAUGGUUCUUGAAAAAAGACUACGUCUGCAAGAGGAGUGGCAAGACGAUUAAACUAUUGAUGGGCACGGGAAUUCUUUGUACGAAUAGGUUAUCUUGACGAUUGGGAUAGCUACGGGGGGCACUACUACACUAACUACCAUCAGCCGACGCCGGCUGCAAUGGCUGUAACA